AGCGACGCAGGUAAACGCGGAAGUAAAAGAAAGAGUGAACGGGAGGAGCAGAAGAAGAGAAGAGAUCGAUCCGGUUUUUACUGCAGCGUCACGACGAACAAUAAGAAGUUCAUUAUGGGUCUGUGUGACGGCCUCUCUCACUGUAAGCUCGCUCUGGCCUUCGCCGUCUUCAUGGAUUUGCUGGGAGGAACCGCCCUGCUGGUGGGAGUCUUCGCCCCGCUGGAGGUCAAAGGGCAGGACUUUGGAGACUUACUGGUCUACACUGGAGCCCUCUUUGUGCUGAUGUCUCUGGCCGGUUGGGUGCUGUGGUACAGCGGUAACAUCAACGGUCUGAUGUCCAAAAAGGAGCUGCGACACAUCGACAGCGCCGUCGACCGGCUCGCCCGAAACCUCAGCCGCAAGAUUCACACGUUCAGAUCUCACCACUGAAUUUAUUCAAAAAACAAGCUUCACUCCAAAGUCAGCGUGGAGGGGGGGGGGGGGGGGGGUCUGUAGCGUCUCAAACAUUUCAAUGUUUAUUUUGUUACAUUUUGAUGUCUGAAAGUGUUUUUAGAAGUUACUGAUGUCAUUUCAAAGGUCAAUAAAAUACUUUUUAACAUUU